AUGGGGCCAAAGAUUCGGAGCUCUCCGGAGCGGAGACUGGCAAAGAAGGACGUUGUCGGUGCGAAUUGGUCGGAGCCACGUCAGCGCGCCGUUCUUGACAGGAAUCUUGUGGCGCGCACUGCAAGUCGCUGGCUCCGUCUCUCGCCUAGCUCGUCGACGAUUUCGUCCGCUCGUGCAGCCAAAGCAACGGCCAUGUUGAUGCUGUCCACCGGCAUGAUGACUGGACGCGGAAGCGGAGCCAAGAAUUCCGAUAAACUGUAG